GUCACAUGACCGCUAAAGUAAACCACUGAUUUCUUACCAAAAUUACCCACAGGGCAAAAUAGAAAUUUCUAUCGACAAGGUUUGUAAAAUUUCCUCAAAUUUUGAACAGCAAAUUCUUCAGUCACCGGCAUUUGAGAUAGAAAAAUCAUCUCUGAAGACUUAAAAUAUUGAGCUCCAGCAGAAGGCAACAAUGAUUUACAGGUAGGAUGGUUAUUGCCUUUGUUGGGGAUUUAUUUUGUUUGCAAAAAUAAUUCAAAUCACUUAAUUUUGGAGGAAAUGGAAGAGCAAACGACGUCCAGAAAUGUGAAGCGCAAAAUUCAACCGACGGAUUCUGCCAAAAACGCUCCAAUUUCUGCAAAUUCAGACGGUUUUUCUACCAAAAAUGCUCCAGUUCCUCCAACUUCAGCGGGAUUGUGCGACAAGGCGAGCUGCAAUGUCAAGAGAAAUCGUGCUACAUUUGUGAUCACGGCUCCCAGUGGGGAUAUUUUCACAAGCUCAGCUAAAACCAGGCUCGUUUUUGAGGAAUCCCAAAACUUGCCUCGAGAAUCGUCAGAAUCUUUAAGUUUUAACCUCAAGAAGCCUGAAGAUCAAAAUAACCAGUCAAAAGGAACGGAGGUGAAUUUGCUCGAGUUAAAUAGGAGCCCUCAGAAGCUUGAAGAUCAAAAUAAAUGCUCAUUUCAGGAGAUUUCACAGGAAACCGGGGUAAAUUUGUCCCAGAACUCUAGUAAGCCCGAUGACAAGAAUUCAUGGUCGUUUCAGGAAAUUUCGCAAGAAACAUCACUACAUUUGCCGAGGCUGAGGCCAAACCCUACAGAGCUCGAAGAUCUAAAGUCAGAUUUAUUCGAGGAAUUUCCAAAAGAAGCGGCUCCAUAUUUGCCUAGGCUAAGUUUAAAUUCAAGGAGGCUCGAAGACAUCAGUUCACAUUUAUUUCAGGAAAGCUUCUUUCCCCAAAGUGGAAAUUCGGUGCCAAAUUUGAAAAAACGGCCCAAGGAAGCUUCGAAACCUUCGAAAAUAACGUCAAGGAAGCUGGACAGAAAGGAAUCUAUUAGUUAUCGAGAGACUUUUGAUAUUUUAAAAAAUGCUGCUAGAAAUGAUGCGGGUACUACGAAUGUGAAUCAAACUGUCAAUUCUGAAGGUGUAGUCAAGCUUACUGCUAAAUUACAUGCAAGAUCGCCGACCUUUUGGUCCUCUAAGGCAUCAUUAAGUGGAACUACAAACACUCCUACGUCAAAGUUGUACAAAGUACAGAAGUUUUUGUUGCCUGCCAAUCGUCACCGUGCUGAAGCAGCAUCCCGACUGAAGGCCAUGGAAAAUGAGCAGAUUCAGGCUUCUCGGCUGGCGCAAGCAAGAGAAGAUCUUUGGAUGGAUAGACAGGAAAAGGCUUAUUCUGCCUGGCUGAAUUUUGUGCUCAAGCAGCCAAUGAAGUCAAAUACUCCAAGUUCCUCAAUGGCAGAAAAUCUGACAGGCAUCACUAUUGAGAGCACUCCAAACAGAAACAAAAGUAAACGGGACAGCUUCUUUAAGCCAUCUGGUGGAUCAGAGUAUGAGACAUCAUGGCAUACACCAAGGCGUACGGGUUUUAGAUACCCAAGGGGAUUGCCGACUGAUGGAUCCAAGAGUUUGGAGAAAUUCAGGGUUCGAUCAUCCCAAGCAAUAUCAGAAGCUUGCCUCCAGGAUGUAUGCCUUGUUUCUGAUUUGCGACAAAGACUGGAAAUCUAUCUUGACUCAACUGCUGUGGAGGAUGUGAUCUCUGUAAUGUUAAGGGUUGCCAAGUAUGUUGAAGAUGGAAGGCUCAAGAUGAAAGAAGAAUGUGCAAUAAUAACAGACAUCGGAUUGAAGGAGAGGGCAGUUCAAGUUCUCAUGAAUUACAAUCCUACAUGGUUGCGAAUUGGAUUGUACAUUGUCCUUGGACACAAUGCUCUUGUGACAAAAGAAAAACCUAGUUUUCUACUGCAUGGAAACUUCCUCGCGGAGAGGAAUACAGAAGAGAACUCUCAGUUUUUGAAGCUUGUUAUUGAGAAACACUUCCUUGGACAUGCUGGUCUAUCCAAAAGUUAUGCAUCAAAUAAAUCCAUUGAUGGUUUAUACCGUCCAGGAUAUUAUGAAGCUCUGGGAAAGGUAAUCUUAAAGAGAUUCUUCUUGUUUGUCCUAGCAUUGGACAAGGCCAAGUGUCAGUCCACUCUUCCAAUAAGAAAUGGAAUUGAUGGUCUUGAUGGUGGUUCUCCGUUACUAUUUUGCCAAACCACAUCAGUAAAAUCUAGUCGCCAAGCACUGCAGAAUUUCUUAUUGGAUGUGAUGCAUGGAGAAGGUGAUUUGCUUGGACGUCUUGCUACAAUCGGCUACCAAGUUUUUCAUAUUCAGGUCCCACUUGCUGAUUAUGAUUUCCGUGUAGCAAAUUUGAUUGAAAAUCUCCAAGAUGGUGUUAUACUCUGUAGACUUGUUCAGGUUCUAUUGGGAGAUCUUUCUGUUCUAACGAGAAUUAUUGUACCUUCAGAUCAUCAUAAAAAGAAUGUGCAUAACUGCAAUGUUGCAUUUCAAUAUUUGCUUGAAGCUGGUGUCCCUUUGGUAGAUGAGGAAGGUUAUGAUCUGGCAGCAGAAGAUCUGGUGUUGGGAAACAGGGGGAGGAUACUGUCCCUACUUUGGAAUAUAUUCGUCCAUUUGCAGAUGCCUUUAUUGAUUACCAGAAAACAACUUUGUGAAGAAAUCACCAAGAUCAAUGGACCAGAAGUUUCUGAUCAGGUAAUGUCGUCAAAUGAUGCAUCUACAAUAAUUGACCUGAUGAUGAAAUGGAUUCAGGCAAUAUGUGGAAAAUAUGGUCGGUUCGUAGAAGAUUUUCAGUCAUCAUUUGUAGAUGGUAAAUUCUUUUUAUGCCUGAUUGACUUCUACUUGCCUGGAUGUAUGCCGUAUUCUCAUCUUCUAAAGGAACCUCCAGUUGUUGAUACUUCAGAUGUGAUGAUAAUGGAUUCAUCUAAUUCGAAGGCUUGGAUUCAUAAAUAUAGUAAAGUGCAUGAUGUCAUUAAGCAUUUGUAUGAUAUCCCAGAGGUUCUUCAGGCGAGUGAUUUCCUUGAAGGGGAUCCUUCAUGCAAUGAACGGAAUUUGAUCAUUCUUCUAACCUUUCUUUUUCCCCAGCUCCUUGAAAGGAAACCAAUGGAUAAUAAGUGGGUACAAGCUCUUGAAAGCAGUAUUGGUUCUGACAAUUAUGAAAAAAUAGUAUCAGAUAAAAAUUCUGUACAAAUGGAGUGCAGAGUUGAAGUAGAACACUUGGCAGCUAUCAAAAUUCAGUCAUCAUAUAGAUCUGUACUUCAAAGGCGAUGCUACCAAAAAAUGAAAGAGACCAAAAAUGACAUCAACAAGACAUUGCAUUGCAAUGCUUCUGUGGUAACCCAGGAGAGGGCAGCUAUUCAAAUUCAGUCUUGGUGGAGAGCUUUGAAUGGAAGAAUGCAUUUUGCCAGGAUUAGGAUGGCUACUUCACUUAUUCAACAUUCUGUUAGGGCUUGGCUUUUAGCCAACAAACUGCGAAGAAAAAAAGAGAGGGCAGCUAUUCAAAUUCAGUCUUGGUGGAGAGCUUUAAAUGGAAGAAUGCAUUUUGUUAGUAUAAGGAUGGCUACUUCACUUAUUCAACAUUCUGUAAGAGCUUGGCUUUUAGCCAAGAAACUGCGAAGAAAACAAGAGAGGGCAGCUAUUCAAAUUCAGUCUUGGUGGAGAGCUUUGAAUGGAAGAAUGCAUUUUGUUAGGAUUAGGAUGGCUACUUCACUUAUUCAACAUUUUGUAAGAGCUUGGCUUUCAGCCAAGAAACUGCGUAGAAAACAAGAAGAAGCUGCAAAAAUUAUCCAAUAUAAUUACAUGGCUUUUGUUCAAAGAAGACAGUUUCUGAGGACAAAAUCAGCCAUUUUACGUUUACAAUGUGUUAUAAGAGCUUGGCUUGUAGCCCGACACAUAAAGGAGAAUGAGCAUGUUUUGAGGCAAGAAGGAGCUUCCAUUAUUAUUCAAUCCCAUUAUAGAGGUCUGACUGAAAAAAGACGGUUUGCAAAGAGUAAAGCAGCUGUUUUACUUUUGCAGUGUGCUGUAAGAGUUUGGAUUGCAACUGUGCAGAAGGCAAAAAAUAGUCUUAAAGCCCAAAUUGCUGCAGUGAUAAUUCAGAGUCACAUGCGAGGAUGGUUACAACGGUCCAGGUAUAAUUUACUGGUCACCAAAAUUAGGAAAAUUCAAUCAAUUUAUAGGGCUUACAGGCAUAAAAGAAAUCAAAUUGAGGCUGCUGUAAAGAUCCAAUGUGCAUGGAAAAGGGCCUUGUUUCAGUCAGAAUUUUCUCUACUAAGAUUUGCUGCAAUCAAGAUUCAGAGCUAUUGGCGGGGGUGGUUGGCUAGAAAAUAUUUAAAAGAACGGAAGACUGCUGCUGUUGUAAUCCAAAGUUGGUUUCGGGGACAUCAAUGUUGGAAGCAGUACAAGUUAUGUAUUGGGGCCUUGAUCAAUAUCCAGAGUGUCAUUAGAGGAAGAUUAGUGUUACAAACUUAUAUAAAAUAUAGAAAGUCUGCAUGCAUACUGCAAGAUGCUUUCCGAGUUUGGCUUUCAAGAAAAGCUGUUCAGAAACACGGUUAUCUAUCUGUUGGAGAGAAGUAUAAAUUCAAUGAUUUUGCUAUAAUAAUACAGGCAGCUUUUAGAGGUUGGCGGGAAAGGCAAAGAUAUAAGACGAAGCUUAGAGUGGCAAGGAGCAUCCAGGCCAUCUUUCGUGGAGGUCAAGUUAGAAAAAUGCUAUCACAAAAUAUUUCAAAUAAAGGACUGGAACAUGGUGAAAUGGAUAAUGCGUCUAAGUAUGCUGAACUGCUCACCAAAUUCACAAAGAUAAAUAUAAGUACUGAAGCUGCAAGAACUAUUCAGCAAUAUUAUUGUGGUCAUGCAACACGUUUAGCAUACACUAAGAGAAGAAAAUAUAUAUUAAAAGUUCAGGGUGCUAAUGUUCCACAGGAAUUGACUUGUGCAAAGAAUGGCACUAGUGACAUUCUCCAUGUUGAAUAUAUUUUUAAUUCUCAUCAAUCAGAUGUGGACAAGAUCCUUGAAUUAGAGAACACUGUACAGAAAUUGCAAAGAUGGUGGAGGAGAGUUCUAGCACAUAGAUCAAGCUCAGCUAUUGUCAUUCAGUCUCAUUUUCGUGGCUGGCACUGCAGGAAAGUGUUUUUGAAGUCUAAGUUGGGUGUUCUAUUGAUUCAAGCGUGUUGGAGAAGCUACCUUGUAAGGAAGAACCAAGUUGAUAUAAGUCAACAAAUUUCAAACCUGAGGUUUCGAAUUGAAAAUUCUGCAGCUAAUGUGGAUGAUAAUCUGCGACUGGAAAACCGUCUGACAAAGGCACUCGAGGCAUUGUUGAAUCAUAAAACUCUAAGUGGAAUUCUUCAUACAUGUGCAACUUUGGAUAUGGCAACCCAACAUUCAAAAAGGUGUUGUGAACGCCUUGUUGCUGCUGGGGCUAUUGAAAAGCUGUUGCAACUGAUUAAUGAAACUAAUCGCAGUGCACCACACGAAGAGGUCCUGAAGCAUGCAUUAUCUACAUUGUGUAACAUUGCUCACCAUCCAGAGCUAGCUCAGCUCAUGGCGGAUACACCUGAUUCCAUUAGUCAAAUUGCCAAACAACUUUGGAGAAAUAAGGAAGAAGGGUUUUCAAAGGCAGUAGAAAUCCUGAAGAAGCUCUGUGCAGUAAAAAGUGGAGUUGAUGUUGUUCAAAUACUGGCUCCUAGCAUCUGCAGGCUACAAUUGCUGGCUCAAAAAAUGGAAAAGAAAGUUGAAAUGGAACGAAGAAGUUUAAUGAGGCUUCCUCAGAAAGGGGCAGGUACCAUUCGAAAGACAGGAGAAAGAAGAUUGAAGGAAGCCGAGUCACAACAUUCGUCGAUUAUUAAUCUUUUACAGUGCAUUGCUGGUGAAUCUGGUCGAAGAAGAUCCGAGGCACACAAGAUCAGACGUCAAUCUUAUCACAUGCUAAAGAGGGCAAGCAUUGGACCUACUGAGCUUCCAAAGCACAUUUAUAAAGGACGCAACCCAUUUCAGGAUUGUUCAAACCAUUAGUCUUUCCUUGUAACUUUAUCUUGCAGAGGUUUGUAAAUCUUCUGUAUUUUAAAAGGAUGUAUAUUAGUUAUUUCUCAAAUAUCCUGAACAAGGAGAGUUCUGUACAAAAUCAUCCAUGCUGAAAAUUAUUGUCAAGGUGGAAAUAGUACCAAAUUGGUGUCUUGAUUUUGUUGAGUUUCUAAUUGAAGAUCAGUGGACCAGUGAUAAUUUUUUUUCU